AACCAUUUCGUUGUAGUUAGUCCUGACCGCACCGUAGGGUCAGAUAGUGGCUCGAAUCGAAACACCGACGACUGCGGAACGGUACAAGUGACAUUUACUUCUCGGUCAAAAUAUAGUUCAUAAUAUUCAAUUCACUCUGUGACUUCGAGUUGUUUCGAUAUUUGAUUUCCGUGCGGUUCACUAAAUAAUGCCCGAAUUUUCAGCCAUGAAUAUAGCAGAACGAAUGAAACGAUGGGAAGGAAAAGUGGCAGUAGUAACCGGAGCUAGUGGUGCCAUCGGGGGAGCCAUCUCGAAGGAACUUGUCAAAGCCGGUAUGAUCGUUUGUGCGCUAGCCAGACGACGGGAUAAGGUGGAAAAACUGCGCGCCAGUCUGUUUGACGUGGCUGGAAACCUAAACUGUGUAGAAUGUGAUAUCACGGAAGAAUCCGACGUGAAGCAUGCUUUCGGAUGGAUCGAAGGAACAUACGGCGGUGUCGAUCUACUAGUCAACAAUGCAGGAGUAAUCACAAAGUGCCUCCUCACAGAAAAAAAUAACACUAAAGAUUUGUACACAACGAUGGAGACUAAUAUCAUUGGUUUGUGUCUAUGUACUCGAGAAGCCGUUAAGUCGAUGAAGGAGCGCGACGUUUACGGUCACAUUAUUAACAUCAACAGUAUAUUUGGACAUAAAGUUCAUCAAGCAGUUCCCGGGACGAGGCCAUUGAAUGGAAUGUAUCCAGCGUCCAAAUAUGCAGUCACAGCUAUCACCGAAUGUAUUCGUCAGGAACUGAUAUACUUAGAUACUCAAGUAAAAGUGUCGAGUAUUAGUCCGGGGUUAGUGGAAGGCGACAUCGUUGCGAACCACACAUCGAAUGAUAACGACAUCGUGAAAUACAUGCCGAAACUCAAACCGGAAGACGUUGCGGAGGCGGUUCUUUAUGCCAUCACGACGCCAGAUAAUGUUCAAAUUCACGAGUUGGUCAUCAAACCGAUGGGAGAGUUUUUAUAACUGAAAAAAUCCACAUUCGUAACGUAAUAAAAACUCAUCUAGUGCGAUUCAAACAUUCAUUAUAAAUGCUGGGCAUCCACAGAAAUAAGCUUUCGAACGCCACUUUUUAAUUAUUUUACAUUUUAUUUAUUUACAGCAAAUACAAAAAAACUUUGCUAUACGCGGUAUUAUUUGAUAUGUGAGAAACACAUCCGAAGAAUCAAAUAUUAUUCUUGACGGCUAGCAGAAGAAACAGUAAACAUUAUAUACGCUUUUUAAAU